AUGGCAUCGAGGGGGGAGAGGGGGGGGUGCUGGGACCGGGGCGGCGGUCCGGGUUGGGGGGGCGGCGGGGGGGGGGGCGGGCGAGGGCCGCCCCGGGCGCCGACCGCUGCUGGCUGGAGCCGUUUCCUCCGGCGCGGGGCCGGGAAGGCGGCUCCUCCGCCUGGGACGGCGGCUGUGCCCCGCGCCCUCUGCCAAGCGCAAUUGCACCAUCGCGCUCCAGUGGGUGGGGACCCACCCGGGCGCUUCCUUAAACAGGCAGGCGCGGCGGCGAGCCGGCGGAGGGGAGCAGGCAGCGCCGCGGCCCCUGUCGCUUGCGCGCUCGGGCGGCUGCCGCCCCUCGCAGUGUCACCUCCCACGUGGGGGGCUGUCCGGCCGCCGCCGAGAAACUUCCCCGGGCUGCUUCGCCUCCGCCUGGGACACGCGCGCGCGCGCGGGGGGCCCGGAGCGGGAGGGGCGGCCGCGGGGAAUGCCGCCCCGCCGCCCGCCAGGACCGGCUCCCGCCGCCGCCGCCGCCGCCUUGCUCCGCGCACGGAACCCGUGGCGGCGCCUCUUCGGCGAGACCUCGGGAGGCUUUUCCCCCCGGAGGAGGAGGAGGAGGAGGGGGGCUCCUGCGUCCCGCUCGCCCCCGCCCCGCUGGACGGGCAGCCCAAGGAGACCUGGCCGGGACAAGCCAGGCCCGCCCGCUCCGGCCCAGGAACCGCUCCCGCCUCUGACCCCCAGGUUUCUAUUCCCUCGAAGCACCUCUUGAUCAAUCUGGGCAUUGAUGCAGGCUACCCCAACUCACCUCCACACAAUGAAGACUGUGGAAUGAGCAUGCAGGAGGGGCUAAGCUCAGCACCGCCUACUCUCAAUACUACUCAGCCCAUCAGGACUCUUGCUGGUUAUCUGAAGGGGCUGUACACAGUCUCCAAGUCAAGAAAAAUACCCCUGGAUGCCAGCGGCAGGUGAGCAAACAGAAGGGGAAGGCUGUUCCCUCCUUAUCUGGCUUGUGGACUUCUCGGCGUCCUUUCGGAGAGGCUGUGGCUCCAUAGCAGGACACCUGCUUUGCAUGAGGAGGUUUGAUCCCUGGCAUCUCUAGCUGGAAGAGGCAUGUAGCGCACAAGACCCCAGAAAACGGCUGCCAGACACAGCAGGCAGUGCCAGCCUCGACAGACCAGCGGUGCAAUCCAGUACGAGGUGUACUCGUGUAUGCUGCAGGAACUGACGGACCCGGACUCGGACGAUUUGGUCCAGCAGGGCUCUUCUCACGUUGGUAUAGCCAUCUAUGUGCAGAAGCACUUAGGCAGGAAUGCACGCCAAGGAACUUGCACUCUGAAUUUGGACACUGGGCAAAUCAACAAAGUAAGAGAAGAGAGAGAGAGAGGCGAUGUUUAAAAGGAGUAGAAGACAUCACACCCUUUAAGUUUGUGGGACGCAGUAGUAAGUGAAGGUUAUACAUCCCACCUUACUUUCUGCUGCUUGGGAACUUGUAUGCCUUGCGGACUCUUGUUUUGAGUCUAACGCACAUUCACAGACUUUCAAGAACACACCACAGGAACUCCCAGCGUCAGGAUUUGGUCCGGCCAAUUUCCCAAAUGUCCUCAUCCAACACUUCCUCCACCUACUGGCUGGAAAUGUCUUCUCUUGGUACAGAGGUGAGAAGGAAGGGGCUGCCUGUUUCUCUUGGCAACGCGUGUGGAUGUGAUUAGCGUUAUCUGUGUUUGGAUUGUUGUAUUUAACGCAGAGGAGAGAACAUUACCUCACCCGUUCGAGCAGGCUGCAGACCAAAAAGCCAUUACAUUGGAAUAUUUUUAGUGCUCAAAACAGGAAAGGCCUGCUGUGGCUAAAAACAUUUUGUGAUUCCCCCCCCCCCUUUCUCUUCAUGAUGCCGUUUUUAUCCCCUUCUUCUAAAGCAUCAUGAUGCUGAUGACGACUGUUUGUUUCAGAAGGAAAUGAUUGUGCCCUUUUUUUAAAACUUGGGAAUGAUUCUCCUCGGCUUCCUUUCGACAAUAAAUCAUGGUUGUUAAGACUAGAA